AAACGUUCGCUUUAUGGUUGUACGAUGCUCAGAAGAUAUCUUUCGAUUGACCAAAGUGCUUCGAGAAAAGCUUUGCAACAACUUUAUAGCUUUGCAGCACUUGUUUGAUGUUCUCCACGAUGAGGAGCAAAAUUCUGUACAGUAUCUUAUUCUUGAUAAUUUUUGCGCUGAUGCAUCAACCGAUUGAAUCGAAGAAAGUGGUAAUACACGUUCCUUAUCGAGUGAAGAAUGUGAAACAUACGCACACGAUCUACAAGAUAAUUGCACAUAAUCGCGGAAAACACAAAAGUAAUGACGAAUAUUAUGACGAAUAUAAAAAAUAACAAUAUGUAUUUUUAUAGAUCAUAAUGCAGUUUGUAGUAAUAAUUCAUAUAUAAGUAGAGCAAAUCCAAAGAACAGUCAUAACAUUUUUAUUAAGUACAAUGCAUUUACAUGCACACACCUAGUAGCUUUCUGUUACUUUAUGUUGUACAACGUAAUAAAAUUAUUAUGUUUCUCUGCAAAUAAAUGAUAUAUGAGAU